UCUUGUUAUAGCAUUCUCUUAAUGAGUAUGAUUAUGUUGCACUCGUGUUUUGCCAUAGAGGUUACUUAUGAUUCAAAAGCUCUAAUUAUCAAUGGAGAAAGACGUCUUAUUUUUUCAGGUGCAAUCCAUUAUCCAAGAAGCACUGUGGAGAUGUGGCCCGACCUUAUUCAAAAGGCCAAAGAUGGUGGCCUUGAUGCCAUUGAAACUUAUAUAUUUUGGGAUCGUCACGAACCUGUUCAACGUGAAUAUAAUUUCUCAGGAAAUUUGGAUUUUGUCAAAUUUUUCAAGCUUAUCCAAGAAGCUGGACUAUAUGCCAUUAUGAGGAUUGGUCCUUAUGCAUGUGCGGAAUGGAACUACGGAGGAUUCCCAUUGUGGCUUCACAAUAUUCCUGGGAUCGAGCUAAGAACAAAUAAUGAGGUUUACAAGAAAGAAAUGCAGAUUUUCACCACAAAGAUCGUGAAUGUGGCAAAAGAAGCAAAUCUGUUUGCAUCACAAGGAGGUCCCAUUGUUCUAGCUCAAAUUGAGAAUGAAUAUGGAGAUAUCAUGUGGAAUUACAAAGAUGCCGGGAAGGAAUACGUUAAAUGGUGUGCUCAAAUGGCUCUAGCACAAAAUAUUGGGGUUCCAUGGAUCAUGUGUCAGCAAGGUGAUGCUCCCCAACCUAUCAUCAAUACUUGCAAUGGAUACUACUGUCAUAAUUUUAAACCUAAUAACCCAAAAAGUCCUAAAAUGUUCACUGAAAAUUGGAUUGGUUGGUUCCAAAAAUGGGGUGAAAGGGUUCCCCAUAGAAGUGCUGAAGAUUCAGCUUUCUCAGUUGCACGCUUUUUCCAAAAUGGAGGUGUAUUAAACAAUUACUACAUGUACCAUGGAGGAACCAACUUUGGCCGCACAUCAGGUGGACCAUAUAUAACAACAUCUUAUGACUAUGAUGCACCGAUUGAUGAGUAUGGGAAUUUGAAUCAACCAAAAUGGGGACAUCUUAAGCAACUUCAUGCAGCAAUUAAAUUGGGUGAAAAUGUUCUUACAAAUUAUAUAUCAGUAAAUGACAAGGAUCUUGGCAAUGGAAUCACACUUACAACAUACGCCAAUUCCACAGGCGCAAGAUUUUGUUUCCUGAGCAAUAAUGACACUAACAAAGAUGCAAAUAUUGACUUACAAAAUGAUGGUAAAUACUUUGUUCCUGCCUGGUCCGUCACCAUUCUUGAUGGAUGCAACAAAGAAAUUUUCAAUACGGCAAAAGUUAAUAGUCAGACCUCAAUAAUGGUGAAAAAGAGUGGUGAUAAUAGUUCUAAUGAACUCACUUGGGAAUGGAAAAUGGAGCCAAAGAAAGACACCAUGAAUGGAAAGGGAAAUAUUAAAGCACAUCAGCUCUUGGAGCAGAAGGAACUAACCUUGGAUGCUAGUGACUAUUUAUGGUACAUGACUAGUGUUGAUAUCAAUGACACUUCAAUUUGGAGCAAUGCAACUCUCAGUGUGAACACUAUGGGGCAUACACUUCAUGGUUAUGUUAAUAGGAGGUAUAUAGGAUACCAAUUUAGCCAAUGGGGAAAUAAAUUCACUUAUGAAAAGAAAGUUUCUUUGAAGAAUGGAACAAACAUUAUAACUUUGCUUAGUGCCACUGUCGGGCUUGCAAACUAUGGUGCAUGGUUUGACGAGAUAAAAACAGGCAUAUCAGGUGGCCCUGUUCAAUUGAUUGGAAAAAAUAAUGUUACUAUGGAUUUGUCAACCAACCUUUGGUCUUAUAAGGUUGGUUUGAAUGGUGAGAGGAAACGUUUAUAUGAUUCGCAACAACAUCUCAGUGUAUCAUGGAACACUAAUUCACCUCAUAUUCCUAUUGGAAAACCUAUGACUUGGUAUAAGGCAGAGUUUAAAGCCCCUUUUGGAACAAACCCUAUCGUGGUGGACUUCCAAGGCCUAGGUAAAGGACAUGCUUGGGUGAAUGGACAUAGCAUUGGUCGUUAUUGGGCUUCUUGGGUUACAGCUACAAAUGGAUGCAGUGACACGUGCGAUUAUCGGGGAAAAUAUGUAAAGGAAAAGUGCAACACUAAUUGUGGAAGUCCAUCGCAAAGGUGGUAUCAUGUACCAAGAUCAUUCUUGAAUGAUGACAUGAACAUAUUGGUUUUAUUUGAGGAAAUAGGUGGUAAUCCUCAGAGUGUUCAGUUCCAAACUGUGACAACAGGAAUUAUUUGUGCUAAUGUAUAUGAAGGCGCACAACUCGAACUAUCAUGCCAAAGUGGACAAGUAAUUUCACAAAUCCAAUUUGCUAGCUUUGGGAAUCCACAAGGCCAGUGUGGUUCUUUUAAGAAAGGGCCUUGGGAAGCUACAAAUACCCAAUCUGUUGUGGAAGCUGCAUGCAUAGGAAAAAGUAAUUGUGGAUUUAUAGUUACAAAAGAAAUGUUUAGUGUUCCACUUGGAGUAACAAAUAGUACAGCUAAAUUAGCGGUGCAGGUGACAUGUUAA